AUGAACCGCAGUGUUGUGUACUACGAGAACAGUGUAUCUGCUUUACAUAGUUACCCGUCGAGUCCCGUCAGCGGGUUUUGUAACAACAACCAAUCAUAUUACACUUCAAAUGGCACCGACGUCUACUUUUACACCAAAGAAUCAUCGGAGCCGAAACAGAUAGUCCGGUGUCCAUCCGUCAUCCACAAUGCAGUUGCUGUUGAGUCUGUAGGUAAGAGUGGAGUUAUAGUUGUUAUGGAGAACUGCAUUGGACUCAUCUCACUCGACACGUUUGAGUUGAUCACAUUCUUGUGCGAAGGAGUCACUAAAGUGUAUAGCACAGUCAACUUGGCGGGUGUUGAGGACUUCUUUUUUAUCAUUUCGACGCGCCCGUUUGCGUUGAAGUUAGCGAAAGUGCCAUGCUUCAUCAUGAAAUCGUCGGGGUUUGUCGAGAAGGAGAGUUUCCCACAGUUUCUUGCAAAGGAAUAUAUCCCCGUGUUAUUUGAUGUGUCGUUUUCGACGUUCAGGAGAAGCAAUUUGGACGUCACCCGACAAAAUCCGUUUGUUGAGGUGUCGGACUCGGGGAGAAAGCCGUUUCCGAAUGUGUUCUAUUUGAAUGACUUUGUUGGGACGUUUGUGGAGGUGAAAGUCAAUGGAGAAGAUAUUGGAGUGACUGUUGGGGGAAAUGAUGGCGUUUGUUUUGAGUAUUCUUUGGUCCAACAAAUGCUCAUCUACUCCAUUCAAGUGUCAUGCUCGACGCACUCUGCUGUGCAAAAGGUGUUACGGUAUGUCAAACAGGAAGGAGAAACGCCUCUUGAUUGUGUGAAUAUUGUGUUGUACGGAGAGAAUCGAACGGACGUCAUUUUCUUUACAGUAGACUCGUAUGGAUUGAUGUAUAAAGGGUUGUGGACAAUAGAAGGAGGGCGAUACCUUGGGUCGAAGUGCUUUGAGGAGUUGGAUGAGUGUGUGAGUCUAGUUAUAUAUAAUAAAUACACUCACAAAGUGGAGAGCUACGGCUUCGACUAUUUGGGGAAUGAGAAGAGCAAAUUUGAAGAGAAAGUUGAACUGAAACUGCCACUCAAUGUGAUAGAGGAGAAAGAGGGUGGGUUUGAGUUUGGAGUAUACGACAGAUACAUGAAGGGAGUCAACCAAUUAGUGUUACCGAGUUACAUCGAAGUCAUUGGGAACAACGAGUGGAAAUCGCUAGUGAGGACGUGUGAGAAGUUUGAGCUCUUUAUUCAGAGUGUACGACUGUUAGCACCAAUGGUGUUUGGGAAGCGGUUGACUGGGUGUGAGGAGUUGUAUGCCCGAUGUCUUGCAGAAGGAUUUCAGUUGCCGUUGUUGAAUGACACCAACUUCAUUAUCAAUGCACUAAACAUGUUGAUCACCACAGACAAUACGGCGACUAUUUUGGAGGAAUUAGAUGAUUACAAGAACUUUGAGAAUCGCGUGGUGAUUGAGAAGAUCACGGAUUACUUCCAAAAGUAUUAUGUCAACCUGAAGAAUGCGUUUGAAGAGUUAAUAAUUAGCAACGAAGAGUUGACUCAAGUUGGGUUGGAGGAGUUUGAAGAGAAAUUUGUGUUUUUGAGGGACGUCUUUAUCAAGUUAAAUGUGAAUACGGGGAUUGUCGAGACGAUUGGCAAUCACUUGUAUGCGAUUCGGUACUUUAUUCCCAUGUUGGAGAUCUAUCCUGAGUUGCAAGGUGAAGCGAAAUUGCGUUCGAGUGGUGUUUUAAUCAAUCCGAUGAUUGAGUUAGUGAUGCCUGGGAAUGUGUAUCCCAUUAGUAUCUCGCAAGUCUUUUUACAGUUGUUUAGAACGAAGAUAUUCCCGCCACUGACGUUGUAUUUGCACUAUUUGUUUAUGAUCCACGGACUUCAUACCAAGUGUGACAUCAUACCGAAAUUUGAAGCGCUGCCGGAGAUGAAUAAAAUUGCGAGUUUGAUAUUGUCGUUUGAUGCUGGGGAAUUCAAGUACUUGUUUGAUGUGAUGCGAGUUGAUAAUAGUAUGCGGAAGGUGGUGAUCACGGAGAUCUUACCAGUGAUGUAUAAAUAUUAUUCCACCGUGCGUGUCUGCGAGCCAUCGAAGUACAUUUCGUUGUUCAUGAAUUACGUUGACGACAUCGAGACGAUGAAAAUGAAUUUGAAGUAUUUGAUUGCGAAUGAGGAGUUUGGGAAGGCGAAUAACACGCUGUGCGAGUUUCUUGGACGGUUCAACGCGAACGACGAACAAUUUAUGAAUUGCGUGAAGUACCUCUUUGGAGAAGUCUGCGACGAAAAGAAGACUAAAAGCUAUUUGCACGUUGUGUAUAACACUAUUUGGGAACAUUACUUCAUGUUGUUCUGCUUUGAGAGAGGGUUUGAAGAGGCUAUGAAUGUGGUGGAAUUCUAUAUGAGCAUUCCAGAUAUCUUCUCGACAGUGUUGAGUAUUAAAUACUUGUCAAGCAAAACAAAAGAAAUGGAAGAACAAAACAAACUGAAUUUCUUACUCGAACAAUUUGUCCAAAACAAAUCACCACUGGAAAGAAACCAAAUUCGACAAAUCCUGACUGAACCCAAACACGUCGACUUAUUCAUCAACGGAGAUAACCAGAUGACACUUAAUGUGCUGUCGCGAAAGAGAUUUGACUGA